CUUAGAUCGCCUAGUUUAAAGCAUAGCCUCUGCUUUCUUCACUUUCAAAAUCUCUUUAUAUAAUAACUCUCACGAUCAAAAAGAACACAACCCCCUAUAAAAGAAUGGCUGACGCAACAGAAAAAGCUGAGCACGACCGUGUUUUCAAGAAGUUUGAUGCUAAUGGAGAUGGAACUAUCUCUUCCACCGAGCUUGGAGAUGCUCUCAAGAACCUUGGCUCUGUCACGCUUGAUGACAUUAAACGUAUGAUGGCUGAGAUCGAUACCGAUGGUGAUGGAUUCAUAUCGUACCAAGAGUUUUCUGAUUUCGCAAAGGCUAACCGUGGUCUCAUGAAAGAUGUAGCCAAGAUUUUCUAAGCCAAAAUUUAAAUCUAUAUUCAUAUGAGGUUUUUGAUCAUGUUUAAUUUGUUCCCUUGUUUUUUGUAAUGACAAUCAUUGAUUAUCAGAUUAUGUAUGUUACUUUUUCAUUAUGCUUUCAUUUCAUUUCAUGUAAUGGUAAAGGGCUUUGGUUAUAGACUUGUAGACAAUAAUUAGAUAUUUGAUUA